AUGGAGCAGGAAAAGGCCCCGGUCCCGGCUGCGGUCCCCGCCGCGCCGCCACCCGCCCCGUCCUUCGCGGAGGUUCUGCGGCUGGUGCAGAGCGGGCAGGAGCCGCCGGGGGUACGGCGGCCCCGGGCCUCGCCCACCGGGGACCCCCCCACCGCCUCCCGCCUGCCGCCGCCCGCCAAGCCCUGGGAAGGGCGCCCCGCGGAGCCCGUCCUCACCCGCGGCCCCCAGCACGGCUCAGCACAGAGCUGCAGCCAGCGCUCGGAGAACGAAGAACCCGCACCGCUCUCAACACAGCAGCCUGGUGGGAGCAGUGAUAUUGCUUGAUUUCCUUAUGCCUGGUGCCCGUGAUCCUUUAGGAAGUGCAAAUGAACUUCAG